AUGUCGAGAACUCGCAACUCGAUGGCCUUGGGCUUCGGCCUCUUGGCCUGGAUGUGUCUCCUCUUUUCGCCUCUGGCCUUUGUCCAGACGGCUCAGGCUCAGGACACUGAGAACUACGGCACCAUCAUCGGUAUUGAUCUUGGAACUACAUACUCUUGCGUCGGUGUGAUGCAGAACGGAAAGGUUGAGAUUCUCGUCAACGACCAGGGUAAGCGUAUGAUUGGCCAGAAGUUCUCUGACAAGGCCGUCCAGUCCGACAUCAAGCACUUCCCCUACAAGGUCGUUGAGAAGGAUGGCAAGCCUGUCGUCGAGGUCGAGGUCGCCGGCGCUCCCAAGAGAUUCACCCCCGAGGAGAUCUCCGCCAUGAUUCUUGGCAAGAUGAAGGAGGUCGCCGAGAACUACUUGGGCAAGAAGGUUACCCACGCCGUUGUCACCGUCCCCGCCUACUUCAACGACAACCAGCGCCAGGCCACCAAGGAUGCCGGUGUCAUUGCCGGUCUCAACGUCCUCCGCAUUGUCAACGAGCCCACCGCCGCCGCUAUCGCCUACGGUCUUGACAAGACCGGCAAGGAGAGCCAGAUCAUCGUCUACGAUCUUGGUGGUGGUACUUUCGAUGUCUCCCUUCUUUCCAUCGACCAGGGUGUCUUCGAGGUCUUGGCUACCGCCGGUGACACUCACUUGGGUGGUGAGGAUUUCGACCAGCGUGUCAUCAACUACUUCGCCAAGUCCUACAACAAGAAGAACAACGUCGACAUCACCAAGGACGCCAAGGCCAUGGGUAAGCUCAAGCGUGAGGCCGAGAAGGCCAAGCGUACUCUCUCUUCCCAGAAGACCACUCGCAUUGAGAUCGAGGCCUUCUUCGAGGGCAAGGACUUCUCUGAGACUCUUACCCGCGCCAAGUUCGAGGAGCUCAACAUGGACCUCUUCAAGAAGACCCUGAAGCCUGUUGAGCAGGUGCUCAAGGACGCCAAGGUCAAGAAGGAGGAUGUCGACGACAUUGUCCUUGUUGGUGGUUCUACCCGUAUCCCCAAGGUCCAGUCCCUCAUUGAGGAGUACUUCGGUGGAAAGCAGGCCUCCAAGGGUAUUAACCCUGACGAGGCUGUCGCUUUCGGUGCCGCUGUUCAGGCUGGUGUUCUUGCCGGCGAGAAGGGUACUGAGGAGGUCGUUCUCAUGGACGUCAACCCCCUGACUCUCGGUAUUGAGACCACUGGAGGUGUCAUGACCAAGCUGAUCCAGCGCAACACUCCUAUCCCUACCCGCAAGAGCCAGAUCUUCUCGACCGCCGCUGACAACCAGCCCGUCGUCCUGAUCCAGGUCUUCGAGGGUGAGCGUUCCCUGACCAAGGACAACAACCUGCUUGGCAAGUUCGAGCUUACUGGCAUUCCCCCUGCCCCCCGUGGUGUUCCUCAGAUUGAGGUCUCCUUCGAGCUUGACGCCAACGGUAUUCUCAAGGUCUCUGCCCACGACAAGGGCACUGGCAAGCAGGAGUCCAUCACCAUCACCAACGACAAGGGUCGUCUCACCCAGGAGGAGAUUGACCGCAUGGUCGCCGAGGCUGAGAAGUACGCCGAGGAGGACAAGGCUACCCGUGAGCGCAUUGAGGCUCGCAACGGUCUUGAGAACUACGCCUUCUCUCUGAAGAACCAGGUCAACGACGAGGAGGGUCUUGGUGGCAAGAUUGAGGAUGAGGACAAGGAGACCAUUCUCGAGGCUGUCAAGGAGACCACCGACUGGCUUGAGGAGCACAGCGCUACUGCCAACACCGAGGACUUCGAGGAGCAGAAGGAGAAGCUGUCCAACGUUGCCUACCCCAUCACCUCCAAGAUGUACCAGGGUGCCGGUGGCGCUGGCGAGGCCGAGGACGAGCCCCCCAGCCACGAUGAGCUCUAA